CAGUCGAUGAGGAGGAGAGUGGGGGUUCCAAGGGACCUAUUCAUCACCAAGGGGGAAGGUAUACUUCAUUCAGUAGAGCCACCACUAUGAGUAGGGUAUGUUAGAGUAGAGUAGAAGACAUUCUCUGUAAAGGAAACAAGUGCUUGGUAUUAUUGGUCUAAAUUUAGAGGGUGAUAAAAACUGAAAUUGAUUUGUUAAUUAGAUGAAGCAGUCCUAUAUUAGCCAGGGUGGAAGUGUAGACAUGUUUGAUAGCUCUCAGUAUCCAUAUAACUGCUUCAACUAUGAUGGAGAUGGAUACCCCUCCUGCAGCACGGAUGAAGACAAGAAGAUGUGUCGACCUGCUUACAGUUACAUAGCAUUGAUAGCCAUGGCCAUCCAGCAGAGUCCAGAGCACCGGGUCACCUUGUCAGGGAUCUAUGAGUUCAUCAUGAAACGCUUUCCAUACUACAGGUCCAACCAGAGAGCAUGGCAAAACUCCAUACGACACAACCUCUCUCUCAACAGCUGCUUCAUUAAGGUUCCCCGUACGGAGGGAAACGAGAAGGGGAAAGGCAACUACUGGACGUUCGCCACGGGCUGUGAGUCCAUGCUCGACCUCUUCGAGAACGGCAACUUUCGGCGUCGCCGGCGCCGACGCAACAUGAAGAUGGGUUUCAGAGAGCCUGGGGAGCCUUUCCUCCCAGGAGACAAUAACAACAACAACAUCAACAACCAACACGGCGGCUCCGCCAGGCAGGCCGAUCCUAACCCUAACCCCAAACCGGACUCCCUCUGCCCCAUCAGCCCUGCCCACAGACCAGGUCACCACACCCCCCUCAACCCAAACCAGCAGGAGAAACCAGAACCGGAGAUUAAAUUCAGUAUUGACUACAUCCUCUCCACCCCCAACCCCCCUCAGCCGGGCUUCAGACCCCCACGUAGUGGUACAACAAGGGCCCCCAUAUAUGCUCUGGAGCCCCAACACCUGAACCUGCACUUCUGGACCCUGUGAGUGUCAUAGCCUUGCCGACAAAGAGAGAGACUUCAUUUGAAAGACUGGAUGGUUUUUCCUCCAUAUCUGAAUUAGGAAAUUAAAAGAUCCAAAGACUGCCUCCUUGUGCAAGGGGAGAUUUUAUUGACUUGUCCUGUAAAUAAAUAAUAUAGAGAGGUCCAGUAUUGUGCAGUGGAUCCUAGCUGAUUAUACUAAAUGUACAUGACUCUACCCUCAAAAUAAGCUUGUACAGUGUUCAUAGUCUUGUCCCAAGGCAUACAGGUUUACAUAAAGCUUUAUUAAUAAAGUAGGAUGUUCUGUUAUGAGAGUCUGUGAAAAUAAUUAUUCACCUAUAUUAUAUCUUAACUAUUUUAAGGACAGAAAGAAAUACACUGAGUAUGCUGACUGUAUGAGAAAGCUGAUAAAACUGUGAUAUCAUCAUCAUAAUAAUAAUAUAAUAUAAUAUGCCAUUUAGCAGACGCUUUUAUCCAAAGCGACUUACAGUCAUGCGUGCAUACAUUUUUUUUGUGUGUGUGUAUUAACCAGUAUCAAUAUUAAAAAGUAACAAUCUCAACAAUGGUUUUGGUUGGUGAAAGUGUCUAAGCAAUGAACAGGUUGAAGUGUACAUGUCACAGCUGGUGCUCAGUCCCUUCAAUCCUUGUUGUUGUGAUCGAAGGCAAUUAUCAUGGGGUUAAUCAACCCAGGCCCUCUCCAAACCUCCUAAUCUCUCCCUAUGACCUUUUCAAUUCCCUUGAGACUGACAUACUCCACAUUUAAUCCAGACACAUUAGAAUACAUUAUAUACAAAUACUGUAUGAAGGAGAUUAAAACAUGGGGUCUACUCUGCUAACAUUUAUUUCCCUGUUAGAAGGGAUAUCAAUCAUAGCAGGGGUUCUCUUGCUUGUUUGAAGGGACAAUUUUCAAUUUAACCUUUAUAUUAUGCCGUGACUGCAUCAUUCAGUACAGGAAGGGUUUCAACAGAACACAACAACACACUUAACAUGAGUGGCAUUUAAUAUAGCGUUACACUUGCAAGGUGAGACCUAGAUGUGACCCUAGUCAAAUACAAGAAGGGGGCCGUGCUGCAUAACAACACUGCCGCAACUCCCGCCCGCCCGGCCUGACGCAAUUAUAAUUAAACACACUGGCGUAUGCUUCCUUUCAAAUCCUGUGAUCGAUCAAUGAUAUUAACAUUCAUACCUGCUUGGCCCUCCAGCCAACGUCUAGCACCACCACUGUUAUGGAUCAGUAGGUUUCCAUUAACUAAACUGUUGAUGUAAGGUGGCGCUGUGGAUGUAUUUGGGUAAAUUAACUUAGCAUAAAGUGCUGCAAGGCUAGGUCUGGGUCUGCAUCGGUUUGUAUUGAGACACCAAAGAGAAAAUUCAAAUGCAGAAGAAAAGUACUAUUAUUGUUGUAGCUGCUGGCUCAGUGUCCGAGAAUGGCCUCUAUUAAAUGACCAUUCCAAAUUCCAAGUAUUUGUGUCAUGUUGUUUGAUGUAUUUUGAUGUAGUUUUAUGCAUUUUGAGGCUAUCAAUAUUUUCAUUUUACAGUUAUUUAUGUCUUAUUGAGCUAAAAGCCUCUAUGAGAGGGACAUUUGGUCUGGGAAAUAUAAUUUUCUGUAUGAGCUCACUUCUAGUUGUGGGCGGUUGCGUACACUCUUAGAAAAAAAAAGUGCUAUCGAGAAUCAAAAAGGGCUGUCCCCAUAGGAUAACCCUUUGAAGAACUCCUUUUGGUUCUAGGUAGAACCCUUUUGGUUCCAGGUAGAAGGGUUCUCCUAUGGGGACAGCCUCAAAACCCUUUUGGAACCCUUUUUUCUAAGAGUGUAGGUAGGUAAUGUUGAAAUGUGUAGCUCAGGGCAGAGUGAGUGGAAUGGGGAGGAGGAAAUUGGGAAAGCAAUGAUCUGCAACGUUAAUAACAUCUCAAUCAUAAACACAAAUAGGUAAUUUAAUCUACGGCAUUUGUUUUAUAAUUGGAUUUUCAUUCUUGGGAGUAAUUUUCAACCCGACUAUGAUUAUGAAUUUAAUUAUAAAUAUUUGUGUGUUGUUGUUGGUGUUUUAAAAACAACAACAACAACACAGUAUAUGUUUAUAUACGAGGGAGGCUGUGUAAUUUCACCGUACUUGACUAACAACCAUGAUUUCCUUGAGCUGUGGUAGGAGGGGAUUGGAGGGGGCAAAGGGAUGUACAGUUUGUUAUAUGGGACAUGCUUAUGUACCAGAGGCCUACAAUGGAAAGCAGAUUGCUGGGUAAUAAUAUCAGGCUUCUAGCUAAUGAAGAUUGUUGAAAUAGCCUGAGGAGCCAGAAAGGGCUAACACAUACAGUACACACCCAUGGCCUUUGCAAUUUGAAGCCCCAUGUACAAGUCAAAAGGGCCAGAGGUAGAUUCGGCAUGGUGGAAUAUGCCACAGUUUUGAAAUGGGUUUUGAAAUGUGUUUUGAAUGAGAACAUCAACACUGGAUGUCAAAUCAAUGUCAGUUUAGACGUGUUUACAGCUAGAUUCUAUUUACUGUAGAUCUCCCAGGCCCCUGUUUAGCCCCUGCUACUGGAGACCUGUGUUAGGAUGUCCCUGCUAGGAAAAAACUAAACUGGGGUUUAAAAAAUGACUAGAAAUGAAACAGGAUAUAUGGGAAAUAUGGAACAUUUGCCUUAUUUUACAUCACUACAACUAUUCAUUGAUAAUUUCUAUGGUAACAGCUGGUUCUUACCAAUAACCAAAUGAUAACCUUUUUAGUGUCACUUGGCUUUAGUGAAUCUCAAAGAAACUAGUGAGUAGUUUGUUACUAUGUAAUUAAUGUAGCUUGUGAUUUCUAAAAAUCGGACUGUAAAAUAAAGCGUAACAGCCAUCAUUUCCAUUUGAACCUGCCUCAUUUCAUUUCUCCUCCAGUUACAUGCCUGCUUGUCCCAGUCAGGAAGACUUGCAGCUUUAGGCUACGUCCCAAAUGGCACCCUAUUCCCUAUAUAGUGCACUAUUAUUUACCAGGACCCAUAGGGCUCU